AUGCCUCCUCAACGGACAUCAGACGAUGUGAUGUGUAACAUAUGUGGGAUACUAGUACGAGCUCGUGGAUUUGUGCCGCAUGCAAAGAAAUGUAGGAAGCAAGCCCGGGAGAAAGAAGAAGAUGAUGAGGUCAAAGCGAUCAUCGAAGAAGCGGUGAAGAAACGUACUGGAUUCCCAAAAACUGAUCAAUCAUUUUAUGUGUCAGACAUGCAAGGAUCAACGCCUCGAAGUCGUCAAUCGUUGAUAUCGGACUUCAGUAUGGCAUCGCCUGGCCUUCAGAGCCACUACGACGACGCAAAUCCUGAAGAGCGGGAACCAUUACCGCAGCUGGAUGAUAUCAAGGUUGAUUAUCAUCCUCACAGCCAGAUUCCGUCCACCAUUCAUCAUUUCGCUGAUUUCUCUCGCACACGUCCCACGGAAGCUUCAGUACCUCGGAAUCACGCACCAUGGGAACCGUUCCGCACACGGCUCGAUUUUGAGGUCGCAGAACUUGCCCUCGAAGCUGCACUCACCGCAGAGCAAACCAAUCGUCUGCUUAGUCUCGUUCAUCGUUCCGCACAUAGGGACGAAACCUUUACACUACGAAACCAUGAUGAAGUCCGGGAGUUGUGGUCAACUGCUUCCCAACGCUUCACACCGUUUCAAGUUGAUGUAGUGUCGGUUCUGUAUCAAAAAAAGGUGCACGAGUUUGAUAUGCACUACCGUCCUCUGUGGGAAUGGGCUCUUGAUAUGUUGCGAGAUCGACGUCUUGCGCCGCACUUCGUAUUUGAUGCGCAACGCCUAUACAAAUUCAAUGGUACGCGUUUUGUACGCUUUAUUGACGAACCUUGGACAGCCAAUGCAUUCUGGGAUGCACAGUCACGACUUCCGCCUGAGGCAAAGCCUCUGGCUUUUAUCUUGUACGCAGACAAGGCAAAAUUGUCCUCUUUCGGUACCCAGAAAGCCUAUCCGAUUGUUUGUCGGAUUGCAAACCUGCCUGUCGAAAUCCGGAAUGGCGCUGGUAUUGGUGGUGGCCGAAUUGUAGGUUGGCUGCCUAUUGUGUCAGAGGAUCCGGAGCAUGCAGGCAAAAGCAGCUUUGUGGACUUCAAGACUGCCGUUUGGCACGAGUCCUUUUUAAAACUUCUUGAGUCCGUCAUACAGAUCUCGAGGACGGGAUACUGGUUCGAGUGCGGUGAUGCCAUCCGGCGCCUGCUUUGGCCCUUGAUUUUGAUUCUGAGCGCCGACUAUGAAGAACACGCUGAGUCUGAGGAGACCCUUCAGUUGGCCCGCGCGAAGAAAUCCAAGAAGGAGAGGGAGAAAUUACUCAAAACUUACUCGCUGCGUGACGUUGAAAAUGCCUUCUGGAGAAUGAUGCUCACCGACAUUCACCGAGCACUCUCCUUUGAUCGCAUGCAUGUGUAUCAUGGAGGGCUUUGGAGGCACCAUCUGUGGAGGGAGCUUCAGUUCUGGGUACUUGAAUUAGGGCGAGAAGCUGUUGUGCAGAUGGACGCGUGCUAUGAUGCUUUUCCGCGGUGGUCUAACCUGACGCACUUCUCAGAGGUAGUUGGAGUUGAUUUCAAUGAUAGCUCACAUCACGAGGACAUAUCGAAGAUGGCUAUCUUUGCGGCGCAAAGGAUCCUCCGCCGUUCACAGAGUAAGCUCGGCUAUCUACUCUUGCGAUGCAUACACCACUAUAUCGAUCUCGACAUUUACGCUGGAUUUGAGGUCCACACUGAAGAUUCAAUUGUUGCAGGAAGACGAGCUCUGCGGGAAUUUUCAGCGUUGAUGGAGGAGUAUAUUCUCAAAUCACAGCCUGUAACAGGCAAGGAUUGGAAUUUCCCCAAGAAACACGCAAGUUCGCAUCUAUUCGACGAUAUCUUGGCGAAAGGCGCGACACGAAACUACAACACAAAACCGAACGAGAAGAUGCACGGCCCCGUGAGGGACAUCUACCACAAUCGAACAAAUUUCAAGAACGUUGCUACACAGAUACUUCGCUACGACCAUUGGCUGCUAACCUUAACAUCAAUGCGUUCUGAACUCGACGAGUUGGACGAGUACAAUCGGAAAGCCGACCUCCCAACAACAGAAGACGCAGACACAGAAAAUCCUGCGAUUUCUGUGGCUCCAGCUCCCUACACCCACGUAAAGUUAGGCUCGGCGCAGGGUGACAUCUCAUUUGCAAGUCUCGAGCAGUCGCAUGCAGAUGACGGGGCCUUCAUUACUGGAUACAAAUAUCUGCAAGUCAACUACGAGUCUAUGGUCGACUGGCGCCAGUGCAAAGACCUCCUUCGAUGCAACCCCGAGUUCUUUGGAUCCCCGCGAUAUGAUUGUGUAAUGGUUCAAACCGACAAUCAACCAUUUUUUGCUCGCCUUAUCUUCAUGUUCGGUUGCUCAAUUGGUGAAACCAAUCUUUCACUGGCGCUCAUACAUCCGUACGAUGUCGGAAUUGGUGUCCGCAGCAAACAUGAUACUGAUCUGGGACUAUGGUGUGUACGAGCCAAACUUCGGUCAUCUCCCGAAUUCAUCUCCGUAAGGUCAAUUAUCCGAGGGGCUGCGCUUGCCAGCGAUCCUGGGAGACAAGGCGAUUACUUCGUCAUCGACACGGUUGACGCAGACAUGUUUCUUCGGGUCAAGUCUCUGCAAGUCGCGUAA